GACGCGUUGUGGCCAAAUUCUACACACGCUCCUGAAGUUAGCCCUGCUAGAUCCUUUGACAAAUACAAUGGUCUUCAGGUUUUAGGUCCAAUAUUUAGUACAAUGGCUUCUAAACGACCGCAGGAGGAGUGUAAAAAUACCGAAAAGAAGAAAAAGAAGAAGAGCUGUGAGAAAACAGCGGGACUUUGUUCAGUGGUAGAAGACGAGCAGGUGAAGAGGGCGGUGAAAGAAGCAUGGGGCCGGAGGAGUCACUACAGACAGGGGGAUCUGGAGUUGGACUGUCAUCCUUUUCCUCACUGUGUCAUUAAAAACUUCAUUGACGAUGAGAGUUUUGUGGAGAACCUGCAGAGGGAGCUGCUGGGGCUCAACUUCCAUGAAAAGUCCAAUGAUCUGUACAAAUUUAAACAGUCAGAUGAUCUUAAGAAGAGAAAAGAGCCACAUAUCACAGGCUUAAGAGCAGCGCUGUUUGGGCGUUUCCGUUUGUGGCUGGAGGAAGUGUUGGGGGUUGAACUGGAGCCCACUGUGGACAUUUCCUGUGCCAAAUAUGAAUACACAGAUGUUCUUCUGUGUCAUGAUGAUGAACUGGAGGGCAGGCGUGUUGCUUUUAUUCUGUAUCUGGUUCCUCCGUGGCAGAACAGUGAUGGAGGAACUUUGGAUCUUUACACAACAGACAGUAAUUUCCAACCGCAAGACAUUGUGAAGUCACUUGUACCGUCAUGGAACACGCUCGUCCUCUUCGAAGUUUCUCCCGUUUCUUUUCACCAAGUGUCUGAGGUUUUGUCACAGGAUAAAUGUCGUCUCUCUCUGAGCGGCUGGUUUCAUGGACCAUCUCUCGAACGUCCUCCUCGCUACGUUGAGCCCCCCGUCCCCAGGAGCCCACACUUACCAAGAGAUGAGACGUUGCUGAUGGAGUGGGUGAACCCUGUCUACCUGGAUAUUUCCUACCAAGAGCAGAUUCAGGAGGAGUUUGAAGACAGUUCUGAAAUCCAGCUCAAAGAUUUUCUGAAGGAAGAAAAGUUCAUGGAGGUGAAUGAAGCACUGCAACUCGCUCAGAUUCAGUGGAUACGGAGAGGGCCGCCCAAUAAGAGAUGUUGUGAAGUGGCUGCACUGGAUACUUUGCCACAGUGUGUGAGUGCAUGUUGGGAGCUGCUACAUUCAGAGGCUUUCUUCCUGCUUCUCUCCAACUUCACUGGGCUUCGAUUGCACUACCUUUGUCCUGAUGAUGAUGAUGAUGAAGAUAAAGUGAAGAAAAAGGAGCAAGACAACGGACAGGCUCAAGAAGCCUCAGGCUCCUCAGCUGAAUCAUCAUCAGUAAACAAUAGCAGAGAGUCAGAGUUGAGUACACCUGAAUGCAGUGGCGAACUGCGCCGAUGGUCUCAAGGCAACUACACUCUGCUUCAUGACGGAGAAGCAGCACGAGCUGAAUACGCUCUAGAUCUGGUUUUGCCUUUUGGAUGUGUGGAUUGGCAGACGGACUUAGGAGGCUUCACAUGUUAUGUUGCUAAUGAAGAGGAUGAAGAGCUGCUGACAGUGUAUCCAGAAGAUAAUUCCCUUGCACUGGUCUACAGAGACAGAGAAACACUCAAAUUUGUCAAACAUGUCAACCACAGAAGCUUCACUGAAUCAACCAGCAAAGUAUUUUUUGACUUCUGCUUUGUGUACUAUGAAUAAAUAAAUAAAUAAAUA